CUCGCCUGCAAGCCUCUCCGCCCAUAUUCUUUCCAACACAGCGUCGAUGCAAAGAGAUGAAGAGAUCAUUUUCGAAUAAGCGGAUAGCGCGUAAAAUUGGCCAUGAUAGUGACGAGGAAGAAAGUUCUUCGAAUGGCUUGCAACCUCAAGACGGCUGAUCAAGGAUGCAGAGUCUGUGGUCAAGCGCCCGUUACUGCCGUCUAGGACAAAGAAGGCAUCGAAGCUGCGAAUGUCAUUUGGACCCGGUCAUAGCGACACGGAGGAAGCUGGCGAGGGAAGCACAGUCAUCACACCGAAGAAGCCUUUCGGACGACAAAGCAUUCAGCGGAACGCGGAACGCAAGUCGCUGAGACCUACUAGAUCUCCAGAGUUGCUGCCACUCAGAGACAGUAACUCGGACCGCCCAAGUUACUCAAAAGACUCUUUAGCUGAACUAAAGCUUUCUACUCCCUCUACGCCAAGAGAUAUUUCACACCAUACAAGUGAAGAUGAGGAACCAACGCAGUCAUUAGAUGUGAUCAGCAAGUUCGGAGUGGUGACAUCGCGGCCUGCAGGCAGUGUCAUACCGACGGAAGCAGAAAUCAAAGAAAAAAAAGAUCGACGAGCACGGUUAGCACAGGAGAAAGAGUUCAUAUCUUUAAAUGCCGAAGACUCAGAUGAGGAGCGGCGAGAACUACUUCUGAGGCCAAGGGAAAAGUACGCGGAGACAAGACUAGUGCGUGAUGAUGAGGACAUAGCGGAAGGUUUCGACGAUUACGUUGAGGAUGGGAAAAUCGCACUUGGACGGAAAGCACUACGUGAAGAGAAGAUAAGAAAGAGGCGGGAGAUGGCAGAGCUCAUUGCUGAGGCUGAAGGUGCUGGAGACAACGAAGAAGAGGACGACUCAGAGGCCGAGAGAAACGAAGCAUAUGAGGCCACUCAAACUAGAGCAGGUACUUAUGGCCAGAGGCGUGUAGAAAGUGAGCAUCAAUACUCACGAACGCCUCCGAAGAUCACACCUGUGCCAGAUUUGAAUGCUGUGCUAGAUCGAAUAAAAGAUGAGCUGCGGGCAAUGCAGGACGCAAAGGCAUUCAAGCUCCAUAAGCUUGAAGAGUUAAAAGUAGAAAGAAAGGAAAUUGCCGAGAGAGAGGUUUGGAUUCAGGCUCAGCUUAAGGAAGUAGGUGAACGAUACGAGAAACUCAAAGUCGAGGCUGGUAUGACGGAUGCGGACCUGAAUGGCGGUAGUAAGGAAAUUCAGUCUGGAAGGGACUUGAUUGCUCAAAGAGGUCUAGAGAGCUAUGGUUCCACACCAAUAGCUAUGAGUGAGGUAAAUAGCGAUGAGGGUUGAACGAAAGAACAUGUACCACGUCGCAGGUUGUGAACAUAAAAUCAUGAACUUAGCAACAGAACCAGCUCAAUUUAUCAACGAAUCGCCAAGAAAUGAUAUCAACAAAAU